AAGAGACAGAUAAGGUAUAUUUUCAUAUUCUGUCUUUGAUUGUAUUUGAUCGGUUUCUAGUGUCAACACGUCGACAAAUUUUUUCCUUCUGUUAUAAAUACACUAUAAAAACGUUUUUGAUGGCAAAUAUUUAAAGUCGCUUUAUGAAAGAUCAGCCUUGUUUACUAUGGUCUAGAGCCUAGAUGAAUAAUGUUCACCUCAGCACAAUUAACGCCUACUCAAUUCAUUCUCUUAUUCGUUACAAGUUUCAUCACUUUGGUCAUUUUUUAUGUCAAACGAAAACACGCAUUUUGGGAACGUCAAAAUGUCAAAGGUCCUAAGCCGACAUUUAUAUUUGGUAAUACAUUCGAAAAUCUGAAGUAUUCAUUACCCGAAAUGUAUCGAAAUUAUGAUGAAAAAUAUGGAAAAGUUUUCGGUACAUAUGAUGGAUUACAACCUCAUUUGAACAUUGGUGACUCAGAAAUACUGCGCACCAUUUGCGUGAAAGAUUUCACAGUUUUCCCUGCGAGUUUUCAUACUGUUUAUCUCAAUCCGGUAGAAGAAAAUUUCUUGACUUUUAUUUCUGGUCCCAAAUGGAAACGAAUGCGAUCAAUGUUAUCGCCAACCUUUACUACGGGAAAAAUGAAGAAAAUGUUCAAGCUCAUCAAAAGUUGUGCUCAAGAUGCAAAGGCAGCUUUAACGAAAUUAUGUAAAAUCGAGAAUGGUGCCUUUGAACCGAAAACGUUCUGGGGACGUUAUAAUACGGAUGUAAUCGCUAAGUGUUGUUUCGCUGCUAAUCUCGAUGUUUACAGUGAUGAGAAUAGUACUUUACAGCAGAACUUUACUGAAUUGUUCACAACAGAGAUAAGUAGAAUUUUGUUUAUUUUCUUGGCACCUGAAUGUUUGCAAAACGCGCUUAAAAUCUCGUUAUUUCGAACUAAAAAUCUUGAAUAUUUGAGAGAUUUAUCUUUGGCUUUAAUCGAGAAACGGAAAACUGAGAAAGAAAAAGUCGAAGAUUUCCUUCAAAGCUUAAUUGAUUCAGAAUCAUCAGAAGUCGACAACACUAAGAUAGAUACAGAAAAAGUAAAAUUGACCUCAGAAGAGAUCGUUUCAUCUUCACUCGUUUUCCUUAUCGCAGGAUUCGAGACUACUUCGACUCUAUUAACUUGGGCUUGUUAUCGGCUCUCACUCAAUCCCAAUAUUCAAGAAAAACUAUUCAAUGAAGUCAGUAAAGCCGACAUACAAGAUUAUGAUGUUCUUAGUGGUCUUACUUAUCUCGAUGCUGUAAUUAAUGAGAGUUUAAGAAUUGAUCCUCCAAUCAUUGUUUUCCAACGAACUGCUCAUGAAGACUACACAUUACCAGGAACUAAUAUUUUCAUCCCAAAACAUACUCGAAUUACUAUCCCUGUUUAUGCGAUUCAUCAUGAUCCAGAUAAUUACAGUGAUCCUGAAGAAUUUAAGCCAGAACGAUUUAUCAACGAAUCACCGAAACCCUUCACAUUCUUACCAUUUGGAGCUGGACCUCGAAUUUGUAUUGGAAUGAGAUUCGCUCUUAUCAACGCCAAACUUUCCUUGGCAACUCUAGUUCGAAAUUACAAAAUUCUACCAACUCGUGAAACCCCAACCCCAAUGAGCCUCAACUAUGACAAAGGAUCGCUGGUUCUAAUGGCACAGCAAUUAAAAUUAAAAAUUGAGCCCCGAUCUUGUAAAGGUGAAAUGUUGGAAUCUUUAAUCGCCCAAUGGAUCUUGUUGAUCUUAACUGCUUCCAUCAGCUGGUUUCUCUUCUUUGCUCGAUCAAAACAUACAUACUGGACACGCCAAGGAAUCAAAGGUCCCAAACCUACAUUUGUGAUUGGAAACACAUUCUCUGGUUUGGAUAAGUCGGUUGUUGAGAUUCUCACAAGCAGAUACAAUAAAUAUGGAAAAGUUUAUGGUGUCUACGAUGGCCUACAACCUCAUCUUGUGGUCGGCGAUCCGGAACUUCUUCGUCAUAUUUGUGUUAAAGAUUUCCAUAUUUUCCCUCAAAGCUUCCGAUUCGCUUCUCUCCAUCCGAUCGAGGAAAGUUUUCUAAUCAACGUUUGUGGUGACAAAUGGAAACGAAUACGAUCCCUGUUGACACCUACAUUUUCUUCCGGCAAACUAAAGAAAAUGUUCUCAUUGAUGAAAGUUUGUGUCCAAGAUGCUAAGUCUCAGUUAACAUUGAUGACCACUUCUAAGGAAGAUGAUUCCGUCGGGAUGGAAGCUCAAUUUGAUCCGAAAUACUUUUGGGGACGAUAUAAUAUGGACGUUAUUGCAAAGUGUUGCUUUGCUACGAGUUUGAACGUUUACGAUAACUCAGAUGAUAUUUUUCUCCGGAAUUUCACUGAAUUUUUCCAAGGUAAUCCUUUCAAGUUGCUGAGUUUCGCUGUUGCUCCAGGCUGGAUUCUUAAAGCGUUAAAGUUGAGCUUUUUCCCGACCAAGAAUCUUGAAUUUUUGAGAGAUCUGACAUUAGCCUUGAUUGAGAAGCGUAAAAACAAAGAUAAUAAAGCCGAUGAUUUCUUACAAUUACUUCUCGAUCUGGAAAGUGAAAACGAACCUGACAAAGAAAGUGAAUCGUCGACAGGAAAAAAGUCACAAUUAACUUCCGAUGAGAUUGUUGGAGCAUCAAUCAUUUUCCUUGUUGCCGGUUACGAGACAACAUCAACUCUACUAACUUGGGCUUGUUAUCGACUUGCUACUAAUCCAGAGAUUCAAGAGAAACUUUUCCAAGAAGUUUCCAAUUCUGAUAUUUUCGAUUAUGAAGUUUUAAAUUCUCUUCCUUACCUUGAUGCUGUAUUAUCGGAAACCCUUCGAAUAGAUUCACCAAUCAUCAUGUUCCAAAGACAUGCUCAUGCAGAUUAUAUUUUACCUGGAACAAGCGUUAAGAUUGAAAAAGGAACUCCGGUUACCAUUCCUAUUUAUGCCAUUCAUCAUGAUCCCGAACAUUAUCCUGAACCCGAAAUUUACGAUCCAAAUCGAUUUCUUAAUGGAUCAGUUAAGCCUUUUACCUUUUGUCCCUUUGGAGCUGGUCCUCGAAUCUGUAUUGGAAUGAGAUUCGCUCUAAUUAAUGCAAAACUUUCCUUAGCAGUUUUAAUCCGUAAUUUUUGUCUUUUCACAACUGAUGCAACUCCAGUGGACUUUAAAUACGGCAAAGCAACAAUCAUAUUAACAGCAGAAGAUUUGAAAUUAGGCCUUAAACCAAGAACGAGCACUUGAUAUCUUAACCCAAAAUCGAUAACCUUUCUCGCCUUGUCUUACCUAAAGAUUCAAAAUCUUACCUUCAUUUAAUCAGCUCAUCUUUACUCAUCUUUGGAUCAACUUUAGCAACUCAAUUUGCUCAAAUGAUGAAGUUCAACUUUUCUUAAUCUACACAACCAAUUUACUAUUAAUAAGUUAUAAAGUAAAUAACAAUCUUCUAUUGUAAUAAAAUCUUUUUCACAUUUUCUUUAA